AUCUCUAGCAGGUAAAUAGACAUAACAACACAAAUCACAAUGGCACAAAGCAAAUUAAAUGAUCUUGCGGGUAAACUGGGCAAAGGUGGCCCACCCGGAUUGGGAAUUGGAUUAAAGCUUUUGGCUGCUGUCGGUGCUGCCGCCUAUGGUGUUAGCCAGUCCUUGUAUACAGUUGAGGGCGGUCACCGUGCAAUCAUUUUCAGCCGCCUUGGUGGUAUCCAGAAUGACAUCUACUCUGAGGGUCUGCACGUACGCAUCCCAUGGUUCCAAUAUCCAAUCAUCUAUGAUAUUCGCUCUCGUCCACGCAAAAUUUCAUCGCCCACUGGAUCCAAAGACUUGCAAAUGAUUAACAUUUCAUUGCGUGUACUCUCACGUCCCGAUUCCCUUAAUCUGCCCUUCCUGCACAAACAACUGGGCGUGGACUAUGAUGAGAAAGUGUUGCCUUCCAUUUGCAACGAAGUCCUCAAGAGUGUGAUUGCCAAAUUUAAUGCAUCCCAGUUGAUUACACAGCGUCAACAGGUCUCCCUGUUGAUCCGUAAGGAGCUGGUGGAUCGUGCUCGUGAUUUUAAUAUUAUCCUAGAUGAUGUCUCUCUAACUGAAUUGAGUUUUGGCAAGGAAUACACAGCAGCCAUUGAGGCCAAACAGGUGGCCCAACAGGAGGCCCAGCGUGCCGUGUUCUUUGUGGAGCGUGCCAAGCAGGAGAAACAACAGAAGAUUGUCCAGGCUGAGGGUGAAGCCGAGGCAGCUAAAAUGUUAGGUCUGGCCGUUAAACAGAAUCCAGCUUAUUUGAAAUUGCGUAAGCUGCGCGCUGCCCAGAGCAUUGCACGCACGAUUGCCAGCUCCCAGAACAAGGUCUACCUGUCGGCCGACAGUCUAAUGUUGAACAUUCAGGACUCUGGCUUCGAUGACAUGACCGAGAAGGUUUACAAAAUUGGCACGGCCUUGCCCAAAAAUUGGUUGGAUGCACGCAAAUUGACCAACCAAACAUUGCUGGAGGACAAAAGUGUGGGCAAUGUGGCCCAUUCGACGGCGAAGAUCUUGAUGUGAAUACCACUUACUUUUACCUGAGCUGAGUUCCAGAUCCUAGUACAAAAUCAAGAAUAUCCACUUAUUCCUUUUGACCAACCAAUCAACUGACCAACAUGAGUCUUGAAGUAAAAUCUGAAUUUCUGGUUGUUUUUUUUCAAAUACGAAACAUUUACUUAAUAAUAUAAUUGCAUGUAUAAAAUACAUAAGAAUAGUACAUAAGAGA